UUCCAGAAACGAUCAAAAUGGACAAAAACGCUAUAUCAUCCCACACUUAGACAAAUUAGGGCAUCUGGUUCAUUUCCCUCGUUCGCUUCUCACAGUCGCCCGCGAUCCGAUUUCCUGUAGCUGCCGACGACGACGCGCGAGGUGAAAUCGAUCCGUCCCUGGGAUCUACUCCGGCGCACCUCACCCAGAAAACUCGAUCGAGUUUCCUUCCUCUGAACCUGCAGGACGACGAGCAUUGUGAAAUCAACGGAAACGAGGGAUCUACUCCGGCAUCUAGGUUAUGGGCAAAUCUCAACGUGCUGCCGUUGGAGGGUCACAGGAUCCGGCAGUCUCUCCCGCAAGACGUUUUACCCGGGCAUCCGCACGUAACAGCCCCCUAGAGGCAACUCAUCCCGCAAGCAGGAAUCCAUCGCCCAUCCGCAAUCCCACAAAGAAAGUGACAAAACGGAAGGGAUCUCGGGUCUCGCCACUGCUCCAGCGACUCCGGUCCAUCACAUCAGAGUGGGAGAAAGAGCGCGAUGCUCGUGGUCAAAGCAUGAAGCCAACAUCUUCCACUCGAAGGGCAGUGCUUCAGGAUUCAGAGGGCCCUUUGGAGGAACAUGAUGAUAGGGAUGUUCCAUCACUUUUUGAUCUGACGGCACUGACACAGGAUGACGAUGAUACAAUCCCCCCCACACAAGCAGAUGACGAGACACUUCCGCCGACGCAGGACAUGGAGACUGCAGAGAGUGAUAUGCCACUCUUGGAUGAAGGGCCAGGCUCCGACCCCACUCUGAUGACAGGAACAGAGGCGGGCAAUAUGGCACCAUUGGACGAGAUGACAUCGCACGACGCUGGUUCGUCAAAGAAAAAGCAGGGGAGAGGGGCGGCACGAAUGCCGCGUGGAUGGGGAAAAGAUCACAGGAUGCUUGUAUUCACAUCGCCGGAUGGUAAAAGCAUCGUCGGACCCGACGUAAACGAGUACAAGACAGCCAUUGGGGUCAUUGCACGCAACGGAGCUCGACUUCCUCUACAUUACCCCACGUUCGCUGAGAUACCGGAGACGAAGAGACAGGGUGCAUGGAUGGAGGUUCAGAGUAACAGCGGAUUACCAGACUCAGCGGAGAAAGUGGUCUUGGCUGACCUAAGGGAAGUUUGGAGGCACUGGAAAUACAGCAUCAAAUCAACUUACUUCAAUCCGAUCGAGGACGAUGAAGAAGCACUGAAGAAGGUUCCCUCAAGCAGGAUUGUGCCCGAUCAGUGGCCGAAGUUGGUUGAGUAUUGGCGCGACGAGAAGGUGAAGCUUCAAUCCAAGAAAAAUGCGUCGAACGUAGCGAAAAGAAGCUUUCCACAUCGUACUGGGCGGAAGUCAUUCACGACUCUGGCAGAGGAGAUCAAGGCAAAGGGGAAGGACCCCGACAAUCUGGAGAUUUGGAUUUCCAGUCGCACACAAGGCAAGGGAAAGGAUGACCAAGAAACCGAGGAGAUAUUGACUUAUUUACAGAAUGAGCUAAACAAGGUUCCCCCUGAAGGGCGGACUCCCUCUGUUCGGGAGACUCUGUACCGACGGGCCCUUGGGGGAAAGAUUAAGAAGCGGUCAAAGGUCGACAGUGCGGCAAGUUCAGCUCAUCCCCGCAGCGAGUCAACUGGUUUAACAGACAGUGUAGCAUUCCAGCAUGGGUGGGAACAACUACAGAAUGGAAUGGAGGAGCUGAAGGCAAUGAUGGAUGAGUUCAAAACCAUCAAGGCUGAUGUGUAUGCAUUCAUGCACAGAAACUCCGGAGCGGUUACUGGCCAGGCAGGCACAUCUCGUAUUGAUUCAGUCCCUGAGAUUCCCAGGCCUGUGUCCGAGCCAAGCAUGACGGUAUGAUUCCGUGACGCCCUGGAGUUUCUUAGAAAUCAGUGCAGUGUCUAAUUUAGGCUACUCUUGACUGCGUA